UCAGGGAGGGGCUUUCUCUCCUCCCCUUGCUAUUAAAUGCAUUGAAAGAGUCUGACUUUCUCUUGGUGCUGUCACAUUCAAUCAGGUUACAAAAAUGACAACUUACACAGACAAAGGAGAAAAGCCCGAAGGAGGCAAAUUUCUCCACUUCCACUCUCUCACAUUCUGGGUUGGAAAUGCUAAGCAGGCUGCCUCGUUUUAUUGUAACAAAAUGGGAUUUGAAGAACUGGCCUAUAAGGGCCUGGAAACUGGCAGCAGAGAAGUGGUAUCUCAUGUAAUAAAGCAGGAUAAGAUCAUAUUUGUCCUCUCAUCUGCUCUCAACCCUGAAAACGAAGAAAUGGGAAAGCACUUGGUGAAGCAUGGAGAUGGAGUAAAAGACAUUGCAUUUGAAGUCGAGGAUUGCGACUUCAUUGUGCAGAAAGCUAAAGAGCGUGGGGCAGUAAUAGUGAAAGAGCCCUGGGUAGAGGAAGACAAAUAUGGAAGAGUGAAAUUUGCAAUCAUCCAGACGUAUGGAGACACGACGCACACGUUAAUAGAAAAUCUUAACUACAAAGGUCUCUUCUUACCUGGCUUUGAGCCUCCUCUCUUCAAAGAUCCACUGUUACCAAAGCUACCACGUGGCAAGCUGAGUUUCAUUGACCAUGUGGUGGGGAACCAGCCAGAUCUUCACAUGGUCCCUGUGGCAGAAUGGUACCACAAGAACCUUCUGUUUCAUCGGUUCUGGUCUGUGGAUGAUAAACAACUGCACACAGAGUUCAGUGCCCUCCGUUCCAUUGUGGUCGCCAACUACGAAGAGACCAUAAAAAUGCCCAUAAACGAGCCAGCGAUGGGCAAGAAAAAAUCCCAGAUUCAGGAAUAUGUUGAAUAUUAUGGAGGAGCUGGGGUCCAGCACAUUGCUCUGAAUACCCCUGACAUCAUUACUGCUGUCACAAACCUGAAACAACGGGGCAUGGAGUUUAUGAUGGUUCCAUCCACUUACUACCAGCAACUGCGAGAGAAGCUGAAAUCUGCCAAAAUCAAGGUUAAGGAAAACAUCGACAAACUGGAGGAACUGAAAAUCUUAGUCGACUUUGAUGAGAAAGGAUACCUGCUCCAGAUCUUCACUAAACCCGUCCAGGAUAGACCCACUGUCUUUUUGGAGGUCAUACAGCGCCACAACCACCAGGGAUUUGGUGCUGGAAAUUUCAAGUCUUUGUUUCAAGCUAUAGAAGAUGACCAGGAUGCAAGAGGAAACCUUACCAUACUGACAGCUGAUGGAGAAAGUAAUUUAAUCUAGAGCCUCUCAGCAAGAGAUAGGCAGCAGACACAAUUACUUUCAUAUAUGAAAGUGCCUAUACA